AUGGAUUGUCUCUUCUCGGCAGUCGAAAUGCUCAACCAGCCCGUGCAGGUCGGCCAGCUGAAGCUGAAGAACAGGAUUGGCAUGUCUGCUAUGUCUCGCAACCGGUCUCCCAGUUCGUACCCAGGAAAUUUGAAUCAAGAGUAUUACUAUCAACGGGCCCUGGGCGGGUGUGGAUUUCUCACUUCCGAGGGUGCUCUGGUCUGUCCACAAGGGACACCCAUGCCCAAUGCGCCCCAGCUGGACUCUCGGGAGCAUAUGCUAGCCUGGAAGAAGAUUGUCGACAAGGUCCACACCGUCCCUGGCUCUAUCUUCUUCUGCCAAAUAUGGCACGCCGGGCGCUUGACGAACGAGCAUGCCAAAAUGCAGAAGAAAGCCGGCACAUCCCCUCAAGCACCCAGUGCCAUUCGCGCCCGGAACGGUUUUAAACACGGUGCGAAGUUUACCGUCUUUGAAGACGUCGUUUCUUCCAAAGAAGGAGGAUAUUCCGUCCCAGAGGCCAUCAAGGAUGUCCAUGCGGUGGUGGAACAGCAUCGUCGAAGCGCUCAAUGGGCCAAAGAAGCUGGUUUCGACGGAGUCGAACUCCACGCUGCGAAUGGUUAUCUCGUGUCGCAGUUCCUAUGCGCAACUGCUAACCAGCGAACUGAUCUCUAUGGUGGAUCUGUUGAGAAUCGCACCCGAUUUCCCUUGGAAGUCAUAGACUCCAUGAUCGACAUUUGGGGGCCCGGCCGCGUGGGUAUCAAGCUCUCGCCCGGAGGGGGCCUCGGCGAUGUGGGAAUGGCCAGGGAAGAACAGAUCGCUCAAUACGAGUACUUGAUCACCGAACUCGACAAGCGUCCACUGGCUUACAUUCUGCUCGUCCGCUAUCUCAGAUUCAUGGAUAUGGAGAUUGACGGCCAGAUGCGAGGCAUCAAUCACCCCGUGUGGGCAACAUAUCGACAUCUGAUCAAGAACGCCAAAGUCUUCCUCAACGGGAACAUCUCGGUACCUGAAGCGGAGGAGUUGCUAAAGGACGGCACUGGGGAUGUCAUUGUCUUUGGACGACCGUGGAUCACGAAUCCCGAUUUUGCCAACAAGGUCUUUUCCGGGAUGGAAUGUAUAUUCAACUAUGAUUUUGUGACCUUUUCCUCGUACCCCCCAGACCGUCCUGAGAAAGGAUAUACGGACUAUCCUUUUACCACGGUGGACUAUGAGCAUGCAGAGAUUGAAAGACCAAAGCUGUGA